GCUGGUAAGGGGCGAGUUGGCCAGGGGGCGAGUUGACCUACAAUCGAAUUUCCCAUACCCAAUCUGGACGGCACCAGUCCACUAUUAUAUGCAGUGAGUGCAGUCUGGACACCGGACCAGUGAAGUGAAUCAAGAUGACAGCCAUUCGGCACACCCUCCAGAGGGAUGUGUUUCUUCCAAAUGAUGAGAGGCUCAUUGGCUUUGUUCAUGUCACCAAGACCGGCAAGAGGAAGAAAGUCAGCUUUCUCUGUGCCACAGUAACAACCGACGUCCCUGCUCAAGUGUCAGUUCACAAAGUAAAGAAGGUGGAUAAGGACACCUACAAGAAGCGUCAGUCCUGGAACCUGGCUGAACUGAGAACAGUGGACGGCAAAGAUUCCUGCAUUGAUAUUCCAGAUUUUGAUUUACAUUUUGAUAAAUGCUAUAAGUGGAUAGCAAGCAAUCCUACUGAGAAGAAGUCCUUCAUUGAAACAUUGUGGAAACUCACACAGCGAUACCUAAAGCAGCUCAAGAAGCCUGACUUUGUGAAUGUUAACGAGUCACUCCUGGAAGAGUUUACCCCAGUUGGUGAUCAGUCGCGAGCCCAACACUCUGAGGAUGAUUUAGGUACAGGAGAUGACUACCAGGUUCUAGCAGCCAGGGAGGAAGCAGAUUUGGAACGGAUGAUGGCAGAGUGCGAGUUUGCCAUCGGUAAUGCUGAAGCAUUUGUGGAACGGCUAGCCAAUGAUCUGUCCGUCCUUGAUGGGGCCAAUAUCCAUUCCAUCAUCGAGUCCCAGCAGGAGGUUGCCCGUCUCAUGCAUGUUCUUGAUGAGUCUCUCCGGGAAGUCAAUAAACUAGAAUCUGACCUUGAUGAGUAUGACCGAAUGCUAGAGGGGGUGCGCGUCCACAUGGAGAUCAUGGAACAGAAGGACUCCAUGAUCCAGAUACAGAGCCAGAACCACUCUAAGCUGAUUGAUCAACUCCGAAACAUCAUCGGCCAAUUAGACUUGCCUCAUCAAUGUAAGAUGGCACUGAUUGACAGUGACCUGGGCACGCCCAAGGGCAUCUUAGAUUGUACAGAUGCCACCAAGUAUCUGCAGGAGAAAAUGGAGGCAGAGUUGCACCCAGGACUAGGUAAACUGACGGCAGUAAUUGAGCAGAAAGACCUGCUUACCAACUUCCAGGAGAAGUUUGCUCAGCGAUUUGCCAUUCAUCUCAACAACAUCUUUGUGCAGCAGGGCAACAUGACGGGGGCAGAUACCUUAACCUACCAGACAGCCCGUCUAGCCCUGCCCAAGCAUCAUAACUUCCAUCGAGAUCUGAUUCCGUACCCAGAACUCAUGCAGUGGCUCAAGAAGGCAGAUUACACCAGCUUCAAGCUUCUAUCAAAGAAUUACACCAAAUCCCUGCACAAACUCUACAGCCAUGAAAUCAGCGAGUUCUUUGAGCAUGCGAAACAGGCCUUGAUCAGCAAGACCAGAAGCAUGCUGGACCCCAAGAAAUUUGGCUUUGGGGGCCGAGGUCAACUGCAGGGGUCAACUGGAGACCUCUCUAAGGCAGGGCUAAAGGGAAAAGGUCAAGAGUCUCAAGGGUCAGAAGGCGAGUUGACAGACAGGCAGCGAUUUGAUAUGGUCUUCACCCAGAUACUGAACGAAAUUGCUCCCAUGUGUCAAGCAGAGCAAGAUUUCUGUGCCAAGUUCUUUGGUCUUGAUUCAGAUACAGAUUAUGUGAGUGCUUCAGGCUCACGUCACGCAGAGCAUGGCAGUGCCCCGGGUGGAAAGGACUUUGUAAUGGAGGAACUAAUGGGGACUAUCGACUCCACACCAGGAAAACAGAAGAAAGAGGACAAGAAAAUGGCAUUACUUCCAAACAGUGAAAUGAGGGAAGUGAUGACAGAUCUCUUCCAGACUCUGGAACCAGAACUCAAGAAUUUCAUCGCUUUUGCUGAAAGAAUGGACAACUUUUUUUCAGUUUAUAUGCUGGUACGCAUCGGCUACCAAGUGAUGGCUUCACCUAACAAACAGUCCAGUUCCUACCUAAGAAUGGUCCUGGCAAACUGUCUGAUUGAAGUCAAGAGAAACUUUGACAAAUACAUCGAUGGCAUUGUAACAUCAAUAAGAGAAACUAAGAUAUCCAGAAAGAGCAAGUGUGGAAUCCUGCCAUUUGUGAAGGAAUUUGAGUGGUUUGCUGAGCAAGCAGAGACGGUCUUUAAAGGGUCAGAUCGCCGUGGUGACCUGGACAAGGCCUACUCAAAGCUGAUCCAAGCGCAUUUCAGUGCCAUCCACAAAAUUGCCUUAGAGCAUCAGAAAACACCCAGUGAUGUUGUCAUAUUUGAAAACUUUCAUCACAUCCAUGGAACUUUGUCAAGGUUGAAGAUAACUUGUCUGGAGGCUGAACGCAAGGAAGCAAAACAGAAAUACAAUGACCACCUGCAAGCAUACAUACGAGCCUCCCUAGGACGACCCAUGGAUAAACUCAACCAAUUCUUUGAAGGUAUCCAGGUACUGGUGUCACAGGGAGUUAAGGAAGAGGAGAUGGGGUACCAGAUGGCAUUCAAUAAGCAGGAGUUACGCAAAGUCAUCAGGGAAUACCCUGGGAAAGAGGUGAGACGAGGACUUGACAACCUGUACAAAAAGAUGGAGAAGACACUGUGUGAAGAGGAAAACUUGAUGCAGGUGGCCUGGCACUUGAUGCAAGAGGAAUUCAUUCGCCAGUACAAACACUUUGAGGGCCUGAUCAAUCGUUGCUACCCUGGCGCCAAUGUCACCUUGGAAUUUAAAGUGGAAGAUCUGCUUCAGUUCUUCUCAGAGAUCGCUCAGUCCCACUGAGGAGCAUACGCAUCCGUUGGUAACCCCUCCCUAGUUUACUGUUUGUUGCUUGAAGGAAAUUUUGAUCAAGGAUGGGAGGUUCGUUGAGAGGUUUAUUGUGACUGACAGUGGCAAUUGUGGAAUAUCUCACUGAGAGAAAGUAUUUUGAGAAUUUUAAACAGAACAUUGUUACAAACCAGAGUAUGAAAUAAUGGAAUCUUUGUCACUUUAUGUUCUUAAGUUUCCCGAACCACCCCUUAGCUUGAACUGUGUAUGUUUAUGUACUGGUACCAAAAGGUGCAGGUCACAAAAACCCAGAUUUUGGUGAUGAAGUGUGGCGCCAGGAUGCAAAAUUUCUUUUGGCAUAAAACGCUGGAGAAACCCAUGUUCCGUCUCUUAAUUGACCAUCAGACAACAUUUCAGUGCAGGAAUACGUCCCCAAAAAGUGUGAUUUGCUUGUUAAAUCUUGUGAGUUCGGGUCAUUUUAAAGCCUCACAAUGAUCCAGUGGCAUCCUUUACUUCUUUACUGCAGAAAUAAUCCUGAACUUUUGCCAAAUUUCUCGUUUUGAGGGUCUAAUAUCAUAGGGAUCGUUCAGAAUCCGAGAUUACUUUCGGGGGUGUUAUCCUGUUAAAUCCAUCACUUUUUUAACCUUUGGAGGCAGAAGCGGGAUUUCGAUGGUUCCCCACUUACCGUACACAGAGUUUCAUGGGCAAGGAAGGUCACCAGAGGUCAAUAAGAACUGUCGUUUUGCAUGAUGACUUUCUUGCCUGUCACGAGCACGCAUAUGACUGUAGACCUAGUCUUGGACACUGACUGCAGGCUUAGCGUUUGGCGCUAGACAGUACCUCAGUGGGUUCUCCAUGUCUUCCCAAUUUAAUAGUUGUCUUGAUCAUUCAAUGCACAAUGUACAUGUACACACCGGAGGGGAUCGACGUAGGCCGUACAAAAAAAGGAAAACUAUGUCACCAAAAACACCCUGAAUCUAGAAGAUUUAGUGCUAUAUCUUAAGUAUACCCGUACUACAUUUAUUGCAGCGGUUUUUACCCAUUGGAAAGGAAUUGCUAGGUAUUACAAUUUGUUUGUAAAUAUUUCAUAUUGGUCAGACGGAGGGCGAUGGUUUAAAAAGCCAUCAUCAUUGCCCUUGCGUCAUCUACCCUGAUCGAAAAAUGAAGAAUGCAUGUUCAUAUGCAUGUUAAAGAAUACACUUUUAUCGCAUAAUAUUGAAGAGUAGCAGGAGUUCAAUUAAUAUGUAAUUAUGCUCGAUUUCAAAUGUAUUUUAUUUAAUGAAAACAUCAGCGUUGUCUUUAUUGAAUGUUUAUAAAUUUUGAUUUCGGUUUAAGACUUUUGGGCAGUUAAAAACGGUCCACAUGUUUUAAAUGAAAAAAGUGUGACCAGUGAGAGAUGUGUCUUACUGAAAGUAAAUUGUAGUAUGCGAGUAGUGCUGAAAAAAAUUGAAUCAUCGCAAAGAACGAUCAUCACAUUUACGGUCCUGUAAAUGUAACAACCGUUUGCAAAAGAUAAUCAUUUUUGAUUGUCUACUGUGCAAGCAUGGUGUGGUGUUCUUCUGAAGUGCCAUUUUUCAAGAACACAUAUUGUACAUGAAAGGAGUCGCAUGUUUGAAGUUUAAUUGCAACUAGAAAUCAGAGUGAAAUACAGCAAAUAUCCUUUAAAUUUUUGAUGGUAAAACUGCCUUGUUUUAAAGCCUCUUGUCCAGAAGUUGAGUCAUGUUGAUGAGCUCUCUGGUUCACACACACGCUUUUGUCAUGAUUACCAAAGUGCAUAUUACAUGUAAAUGUUAAGUGUUUUGCAAAUGCUGCGCAGUGGACGCAGUCGGUCGUCAUCAUUGGCGUCAGUAGUAUUAUGGUUUUCCCAUAGUGCACUGUCCUCGCACUCGUCGUUGUAAAUUUCAUCGCUUUCUUCCCACAUUUUUGCCCCUGCCGCUUUCUCCCUGACCAAUCCAAUUUUCGGCAGUCUUUCUCCUUUGUCUCACCUCACUGCAGACGGUAAAUAGAGGUAUCUCGGUUGCCAUGGCGAUAGUCUCCAGUGAACUUAUCUUGAGAGGCGAUCAGUUCCCCUCAAGCACUUAUGCAACAUACACACACACACUGAGAAAUGUUUGUGUUUUAUAGUCAGCUUCAUUCAUCUGUGAAAAAAACAAGGUAUAUAAUUUCUGGUCACUGGUGUUGCUUUGCAUAUUGAAAAUGGACAGACUAAUGGAAUAAAUAAAUAAAUACCAUCUUGCCAGGAUGAUUUUUUUGUGCAGAAUGCAGUUUGUGGUCGUGGGUUUGCCUACUGCUGUUCGAUCGUUGAAACAAAUUUCUCCAUAGAACUUAAAUAAAUACCAUCUUGCCAAGACGAUUUUUUUGCGCAGAAUGCAGUUUGUGGUCGUGGGUUUGCCUACUGCUGUUCGAUCGUUGAAACAAAUUUCUCCAUAGAACUUUUACUGCUGUUCGAUCUUUUUACUGCUGUUCGAUCGUUGAAACAAAUUUCUCCAUAGAACUUACGUUCAUGGUGAGUCAAAUACAUGUGAAAUAAUUGCUUCACUUUUUUUUUUGCCUUUGUAACGUGUUUAAGCAUACGUUUGCCUCCAGUUGUUUUCAGGUGAACGCUUUGUUGUAACUGUUCCUAUGUGAUUUUUUUUACAUGUGUUUUUGUUCGUGCUUAAUUAUUUCGCUAUCAAUUUACCAGGCUUUCGCCCUGAAGUUAGAUUUAUAAGCGUCAUCCUUAACUUGAAAACAGUUUUACAGACAUAGUGUAUUUUGCAAUCGCUUUUCUUUACGUGUGCUUAGAAAUUUCAGUCAAGUUAUUCAAUAGACUUGCUCACUUUCAAAAAUGAAAUGCCCGCCAAAGUGCAAAAAUGCGGGCAAAAGUAGUUCAGAAUCAUGAAAAGGAAAGAACAGUGAUGCAACCUCGAUGGCGUGUUCCGUUUUUUGCCCACUCUACGAAAUUGUGGACCGCCCCGUCGUGUUGACUCAUCCUGUACCCCUUAAACUGCACACCCCACACAUCAAGCCCAACAUUUGUUGUAGGCAUUUGCACGGACAAUAAAGUUUUUGUCAUUCAGAUACGUGGUUAUAACCUGUAUUUUCUACAGGUGGAGGUAGCCUUCUCGCUUGAGUGAGCUUUGUGAACGGUUAGUUCUCCGCGGUUCCCUAUUGUCCUGCUGUUUGUCAUUCAAAUGAAGUUAUUCUGUUCGAAAGCCCUACGGUAAAUUUCGUAAGCAUGAUUCAUUGACAGCUUUGGAUCCACCCAGAAUUGGUGCAUCUACGGAUCGGCUUCGUACACAAGCGCUGCGUUUUGGAGAAAGUUAUUACUUGUUGAACUUUGCCUCACGUGUGCAACUGCCAUGGAUCUGACAACCCAAAGUGUCUUUCGUGAAGAACUUGGCCCGGAAGGUGAGAUGAUCGGGCCAGGCCCGUGUCUGGACAAUGUGUGGGGCCCUUUGAAUCUAACACCGCACGAUGCUGGGAUUUUUUCUCUCGUCAUGGUGAUCGCGCUAGGUGUUGUUGGUUUAGUAUGCAUACUGGUGAUCGCCGUUGCCUGUGGGUACGCAGCCCAGGUCAGUACACUCCGACGGAAACUCAGAGACUUGGAAAUGGGGCAAAAAUCGAAGAAGAAUGGAGGUCCUGGUGCCAUGGUGUAUUCGGAGCUGAACGAGGUAGACUUGCCUCCCCCUCCACCUGAAACGCCCCUCCCGGGCCCUCCUGAUGUCAACGACAACGAGUCUGACGUCAAGCCACCUGUACUGGACAGUCCAUCAUCGUCCGUGGUAGCUGCAGCAGAGGUGACGGGGGCGGGCGUGGAUAACGAGGGUUACAACGACGAGGCAAUUGAUGAGGCUUUGAAUGACAUGGAUGCGGCUGUGGAUGUGCCGGAUACGCCAUCUAUUAAUGCAGAGAAUGGGGAGACAGAUAACAAGCCUACUGGAGAUGAGGCGAUAGAAGCACCUGAAAAUCCAGAGACAUCAGCCGAGGCUCCUGAGGUACCAGCUGAUGAGGCAUCACCAGCCGAAGCUCCUGAGGUACCAGCUGAUGAGGCAUCACCAGCCGAGGCUCCUGAAUUACCAGCUGAUGAGGCAUCACCAGCAGGAGAGGACUAAUCCUAAUAGUUCGCCAUGUUGGGUCAUUCAGUGAACGACCGUCCGGAACCGUAUUGUGGCAUUUACUAAGUACAUUUUCAUGUGCUCAUCUAUUUUUCGCAUUUCCUGUUGAUAUCUCUAUCUUCUAUCGAAUACCGUUUUGGAAUCAUCUUAAUUCGGUCGUUGUUCGCAUGGUACAUACCCCAAACGUACUAAAGAUUAGACCUUGACUCUUGCUCAGUUGUAGUACAGUGUCUAUUGUAUUUCACAUUCCAGUACCCAUUUGUUGAAUUUAUUAUGCCGAAACAACUUAAAUGUAUGUUACAAAUUCAAAUGAAUGUAAAGCCCUCUUCCACAAAAUGCCACAGUAGUGUUCGUCUGCUUUCAGAGAAGGGAAAUAGUUAUGUCAUCGAUCCAACGACAACAGCUAACCGGCAUCUUAGUUUUAAUCACCUUUCACCUUUAAUCACCUUUUGCUUCACUCAUUCUCGAAACUUGUCAAUCAGCGAAUACAUGUAGUAUUGAGCACCCACUGUUUUACCUCAGGGCUACGUUGACAUAUGCAUACGUUUUUCCUCUGCGUACACCUAUAUACCUCGAGUCUAUCUGUGUCUGAAGUGUAGACACGAAUUCAGAAUAGAGAAACGUUUUAAUUUUGUUGGGAAAUAUUUGAUUUUAGAUUCUAAAAUGGUAAAAUAAUGCCUGUGUACUGCAUUAUCAAAGUGCUGUGCUAGGGUAAUGGAUAUGGUAUUCAUGCCGUGAGUGCAUGUUAAGUAUUCUCCAAGUAUCAGUGUAACCCGUGGCAUUCAAGGUGAUGAUACAAAAUACUAACUCCCUGGCGGCAGAUAAUCUCAUUAUAUUACACGGAGUGGUAUGUCUCCGCUUCACGUGGUACCAAAUUGUCAAAACAAGGCUUGGAAUGCUUUGCAAAGAGAUAUUGAAAAACAAAAUGCCAAAGGGAUUGCAAUGGGACAUUCUUUGGAUUGCGAAUUUAAAGUUGCAGAUGAUUUCAGUGGCAAUACAGAAAUCAAGAUCAAAAUAAAGGAGGUGAUUUUAAAGUGUUGACUCAUUGAUAUGCGACAUCUCGUGUCGUUCAUGAAUUUAAAAAUCAUCAAAAAAAA